UUUUCAGUCUUCAAAAGUUCCUGGGUUUGAGGUAGGAAGGUGAGAAAGCAGAUUUUUACUGAUUGAAAAAAAUGUACUUUAAAAUGAACCAAAGGGGCCAGAAAGCGCUGGGACUGGAGCCCCAAGAGCUCAGGCACUGAGCUCAGAGGCUCUACUUUAUACCAGGAGGCUGGGCAGGAGAAAGCCUAAUUACACAGGGCUGGGCUGCUUCUGACACACACCUGCAGGCUCAGGUCUUGCAAUGCUGCUCCUACUCUUGCUAUGCCUCCUGCUCCUCGCUCUGGCCCUUCACAGCAAGGGAUCAAGGAACCCUCGGUGCCAGCUGCCCCCUGGCCCCACACCCCUACCAUUGCUUGGAAACCUACUACAGCUUGGUCCUUCGAGUUUGGACAAACGACUCAUGAAGCUGAGCAAGAGCUUUGGAUCCGUGUUCACAGUGUACUUGGGCCCACAGCCAGCCGUGGUGCUGAGUGGAGCCAGCACUCUCAGGGAAGCUCUGCUUCUGCAGGCAGACGCCUUUAGUGGGCGCGGUGGCAUGGCCUCUUUUGACCGCUGCACCCAAGGCAAAGGAAUUGUAUUCUCCAAUGGCCACCUUUGGCACACACUCCGAACCUUUACUGUGGGAUCACUGAAAAAGCUGGGGAUAGGGAGCCGGAGCAUUGCCGAACGGAUCCAAGAGGAGGCAGCUGCCCUCAUUCAGGAGCUCAGCCUCAUCCAAGGAGCCUCAUUUGACCCCCUCUCCCACAUUCGCAAUGCUGUAGCCAACGUCAUCUGCUCUGUAGUGUUCGGGGAGCGAUAUGCUUAUGAUGACCCAGAUUUCCGGAUUCUACUGAACUUGCUGAAUGACAACUUCCAAAUCCUGAGUUCCCAAUGGGGCCAGAUGUACAACAUUUUCCCCUCCUUCCUGGACUGGAUUCCUGGCCCCCACCACCGCAUCUUCAGUAAUUUCAACAAGUUACAGGCUUUCAUUUCCAAGGAGAUCAAGAAACAUGAGGAGAACAGACAGCCUGAAGAGCCUCAAAACUUCAUUGAUUGCUUCCUGGACCAAAUGGACAAGGCAAAGCAGGAUCCCAGGAGUCAUUUCUACAUGGAGACACUGGUGAUGACAACACAUAACCUAUUCUUUGGUGGCACGGAGACCACAAGCACCACCAUCCAUUAUGGACUCCUGAUCUUACUCAAAUAUCCCAAUGUGACAGAGGCCUUCGAUCCUCCUUCUCCUUCCAUUUUCCCAGAGAAGAUCCAGGAGGAGAUUGACACUGUGGUGGGUCGAGAUCGGCUUCCCUGCCUGCAGGACAGAGACAAUCUACCCUACACAAAUGCUGUGAUCCAUGAGAUCCAACGUUUCAUCAGUGUGCUGCCUAUGGGUCUUCCUCACAUUCUCACCCAGGACACCCACUUUCGUGGCCACUUCCUACUCAAGGGCACCACCAUCCUUCCAUUACUGAUCUCUGCACAUCGGGACCCAACCCAGUUCAAGGACCCAGAAAACUUCAACCCAAACAACUUCCUGGAUGAUAAGGGGGCCUUCCAAAACAAUGACGCCUUCAUGCCCUUUGCUCUAGGAAAACGCAUCUGCCUCGGGGCAGGCCUGGCUCGCAUGGAGAUCUUCCUCUUCCUCACCACCAUCCUGCAGCGUUUCACCCUGUGUACUGUGAAGAGGCCUGAGGAGAUUGACCUCUCCCCCAAGUCCACAGGCCUGGGCAACGUGUCCCCACCCUAUGAGCUUCUCCUGAAGAUCCGAUGAGCUGCUGCCCAAAGGGGUACCUGUCACAUACAACUCCCCCACCUCACCAGCUCUUUGUCUUUCAUCCAAUAAAACCCAGAGUUUGGACAAA